UCUCUGAUUUGACAGCCUCUCUGCCGCCCCUGCUGCGGCUGUGUGGUCUGUCAGCGGUUGCAAAGGGCUGCGAGGGUUCAGAGGAACUGCAGCUCUGAAGACGGAGCACUCUCAAGCACUCUGAAGACGAGCUUUCCUGCAGUGUUGGAAACUUCGGCUUAUUACUGCUUCCUCUACCCGGAAAAGCAGGCGUCACUACAAAGGAAAAGGGGGAGAGAGCCCUGUGACACAGACAGGGCUCUGGACAGAAGAUGUUCUGAGAAGUGUUUCAGAGGCAAUCAAGCCACUGAAGAUGGAAAACGAGACAGUAAGCGAACUGAACCAGACACAGCUUCAGCCGAGAGCAGUGGCGGCCCUGGAAUACCAAGUGGCCACCAUCUUGCUGGUGCUCAUCAUCUGUGGCCUGGGCAUUGCGGGCAACAUCAUGGUGGUGCUGGUAGUGCUGAGGACCAAGCACAUGAGGACCCCCACAAACUGCUACCUGGUGAGUCUGGCAGUAGCUGAUCUCAUGGUCCUGGUGGCCGCCGGCCUCCCAAACAUAACUGACAGUAUCUACGGUUCCUGGGUGUAUGGCUAUGUUGGAUGUCUCUGCAUUACUUACCUCCAGUACUUGGGCAUUAAUGCAUCCUCUUGUUCGAUCACAGCCUUUACCAUUGAGAGGUAUAUAGCAAUCUGUCAUCCCAUCAAAGCCCAGUUUCUCUGCACAUUUUCCAGAGCCAAAAAGAUCAUCAUCUUUGUCUGGGCUUUCACAUCCAUUUACUGUAUGCUCUGGUUCUUCUUGCUGGAUCUCAAUAUCAGCACCUACAAAGAUGCUAUUGUGGUGUCCUGUGGCUACAAGAUCUCCAGGAAUUACUACUCACCUAUUUACCUAAUGGACUUCAGUGUCUUUUAUGUUAUGCCUAUGGUCCUGGCCACCGUCCUCUAUGGAUUCAUAGCUAGGAUCCUCUUCUUAAAUCCCAUUCCUUCAGAUCCUAAAGAAAACUCUAAAACAUGGAAAAAUAACUCAAUCCAUCAGAAUAAGAAUUUGAAUUUGAAGACCUCCAAUAGAUGUUUCAAUAGCACAGUAUCUUCAAGGAAGCAGGUCACCAAGAUGCUGGCAGUGGUUGUGAUUCUGUUUGCCCUUUUAUGGAUGCCCUACAGGACUCUUGUGGUUGUCAACUCAUUUCUCUCCAGCCCUUUCCAAGAAAAUUGGUUCUUGCUCUUUUGCAGAAUUUGCAUUUAUCUCAACAGUGCCAUCAACCCAGUGAUUUAUAAUCUCAUGUCCCAGAAAUUCCGUGCAGCCUUCAGAAAGCUGUGUAACUGCAAGCAGAGGCCCCUGGAGAAACCUGUCAAUGACAGUGUGGCCCUAAAUUACAGUGUCAUCAAGGAGACAGAUCAUUUCAGCACAGAGCUUGAUGACAUCACUGUCACUGACUCUUAUUUGUCUGCCACGAAAGUAUCUUUUGAUGACACCUGCUUGGCUGCUGAAAUAACCUUUAGCCAAAGCUGAUUCUUGAAUUCCAAGAAAAUGGACCACAAAGUAAAUAAAUCUGUGGAAUUAUCAGCCCAAAAGAGGAAACGGCCAAUACUCGUAUGUGAAGACAGAGCAUAUAAGGCUUCUGUGAUGCUCUAACAAAUCCUGGCCCACGGUACUUAACCCGUGGGAAUGACUAUAUUGUCCUUCUAGGACCAUGAAAAAUGCACCACAAAAAAUGGAGUAGAUCUGUGAAAUAGUCAAAUGGGGUAUCACAAAACCAGUAUAACAAAAAAAUGGAGCAAUCUGUGAAGGAACCAAAUGAUAGAAACUGCAAAUGUAACACCUUCCAUUUAGUUUGAAAAAUUCACUGAAUUUUCUGGGGCUGUGAAGUUUAGAUAAAAUUUGGACAUCAAUUUACAUUAUUCACAGUUACCUUACCAAAUGUAAUUCCUCAACCACCCACACCCAAAUUAUUUUUUCAUUUGCUAAUUUGGCAACGUGCAAGUUCUUAAAUAUUUGCAUUCAGCAUUUUAUUUUAACAAAGUACAGUGACACUUCAUGGAUAUCUGAGACUGCUAGAGAAAACAGGAAGAAAAACAUUUUAAUUAUCGAGUAAAAUGAGAUUUCAGACAAAUAUGUUCACUAUAUGAAAAACAAAAACAUACGUCAUAGGCUUAUAAAAUUCUGAGAUGAUUUUUAUAUCUCACAAAUACGUGGUCAUCAUUCAGCUUGAAUGUAAAAUAUGCCUCAUAAAAGCUAAAAUUUCCAAUUGUAAAGACAUGUACAUUUGAUUUAGGUAAAUCCAGCUCUCAUGAACUCUUCAAGCCUCCUAAAUGCUGAGUGAGACAGGAGAAACACCAGAUUGCAUAAUUGUGGUGAUACAAACUAACAUGUAAGUAAUACUGAAAAGUUUAGCCAAUACGAGACCAACUACUUAAAAUAAGGACUUACUUUUCCUCAGAAAAGUAAGAAAGGAAGAAAAUCCUUUUUGCACAUUCUCAUAUAUAAACCACUGAGCCAUGUCAAACGAAUCCUUCUAGCUGCAUCUAGCUUAAAAGUCUGAAACCUUCUCAAAAGCUUAGUUGCUAUUCUAAAUCAGCCAAAGUCUGACUAGACACACCCAGACACAGGCUCCCUACUGGGCACUGUAGGCAAUGGAUCUUAACUUCUCUGCAAUUGCCCUUCCUUUCUUCCUGCUUGUCAUUUGUAGGUUUUUUUUCUUUUUUUCCAAGUGCUAGUGAAAUUUUCUUUACAGAUUCUAAGUCAAAACAGUGCAGAAUUCCGUUGGCUUUAUUUUCAAUAGAGCUAAAACUGAUACCAUCUUGCUAUCAAUUAUCUCUUUUUAGUUAUGACUUAGACCUGCUAUUCUGUUGCAGAGAUUAAAAAGGUGUGAAGGUGAAUGGCCCAGGACACAGUGUCAGGUCCUAAUUUAAUCCUUUCAAAUGAGUCACCUACUGAGAUUUGUCCGAUCAGUAUUUCAAGUGCAUAAAUCACCCUUGGCGAUGGUGCAGUAAUAGUUGAUUUUUAAUGAGUGGGUCAAAAAGUACUGAGUUCCUUUAGGUGCCCCAUAGACUGGUAUUUUCCCUCUCUAACCUAUAUCUAGUGAAUUUGUUUGAAACCUAAGUGCUGAUAAUAAUUACCCCUCCCCACCUUCUUUACGAAGAAUACAUCAUUCUAUUUUGGAAACUUCCGUUUUAAAAUGCUGUUUCGUGGAGACUUUGUCAUCCAGAAAGAACAUCAGACCAGAAUAUGCUUUUGUGAAAAACGGGCCUCAUCUACUCCUAGAAAACAUUCUUAUCCUGUCAUUGUGUUACUAAAUAAAAGAAAGCAAAUAUUUACAGGAAAUACCCUAAAAUUCUAUCUGACACUAAGACAUCUAUUUAACUACCUUUUCAUCCUGGAUUAAUCUUGGAAUCCUAUAGUCAGAAGCACCCAAGCAACCUAGCUCCAACCCCCAACAGCACACGGGCAGGUGCUUACAGACAGCCACACCUGUGCACACGUUACCUAUGAAGGGAGAUUGGACUGUAUUUGCCAGCACACGGGCAGGUGCUUACAGUCACAGACACACAUGUGCACACAUUGCUUACGAAGGGGGAUUGGACUGUAUUUGGUUAUUUCACUGGGGAAAGGAACUGAUAUCACCAAGUGUCUGCUGAGUCUCAGCCUGGGAGGUGCUUGAUCCACAUUUUCUUUGUCACAGUCUCAUUACUGUUCUUACUUCUCAAAUGACAAGACCGGGGACCAAGGAUCAAUGCAUUUUUCCUAAAUCUAUGUAGAUACUGGGGAGAGAAAAUAUGUCUUUCCUUUUUCCUUUUUUUUUAGCCAGCAUGCUGAUGGCACCUUAUGACAUGAUGGC